AUGGUUUUUCUACGCUUAACGGUCAAGGUCCUCCCCCGGGAGCGGCCCAGGCCUGCCUGGCAGCCAAACGGCGAUACAGACAGUGCCUCAGCCAAUGCGCCUACUGGGAAGACCAUUGCCUUUCUCGUGCCAGUGCGAGACCCAGAAAACGUCUCGCUGGGUGCACUCGGUGGGCUGAUUCAAGAGAAGUGGAAAAAGCUCAGACCACACGCAGAACCCUUGGAUAUCAAGAAAAUCCUCCACGAAGAACAUCCCCACGAGAACCUCGAUGUUGAUCUCUCCGUCGCCGACGUAUUCGUCCAGCAUGGCCGUGCAUAUACAGAUGGAGAAGACCAACGGGCCAUUGCUAUCGUCGCGCAAAACCCACUCGCACACCCCACCUUCACUCGAGAAGAUUCUGUCGUUCAGGACUGGGCAAGUGCAGCCCGCUCGUUCUCCACAGCAGGGGGAUCUCAUUCUUUCCAGCGGCCCGCACCUACAAUCCCUACCAUCCAAGAAGACGAGCCGUCGUUGGACCAUACCUCGCCUCACAUCAACAACGAGCACAUAGAAAUAGAGUCUACUCAAAAUGGCUCCAACAAUUCUGGACCUAAAUCACCGUCCUAUGAUAUCCCCAUGCAGUCUGUGGAGCGAGAACAGCCUGGUGAUGACAGUGAAGUCCUGAAAUCGCUAGAGUGGCAGCGGAACUCUAAUGAUGAUGACCGUGAGAUUGUCGAGAGCUCUCCUCAGCUUCCUCGCGAGGCUAGCGAAGAGCUUGGCGCUCCAGAACCCCGGAGAGCUUCACAUACGUCUCAUCUUGAACAAAUUGACGAAGAACGCAGUGUAAACCGUUCUUCUAGAGGACGAAGUGGGUCAUCUGCAUCUAGUCGGAACCUAGAGAGGCAGCAAUCUAUCGUCAAAGAUUCCCAGACUAUACCCCCUUUGCAAGAAGUUCCAGGGUCUCCUCGUGAGAAGAGCCAUGAACCUGAAGACCAUGAGUUGCCCGGUCAGCAAGGAGAUCUGACCGUACAGAUGCAGCAAUCUAUCGUCAAAAAUUCUCAGACUACAUCCAUUUUGCAGGAACUUCCAGGUUCUCGUGAAAAGAGCCCUCAGCUUGAAAGUCAUGAGUUGCCCCAUCAGCAGGCGGAGAAAAAGCCAGUCAAGGAACCAGAGGAAUUUGAGCGUGAUCAAAAUGGUGACAUUGACAUGUCGGAUCCAGACGAUGUUCCAGAACCUGUUCCAGAACCACAGUACUCGGCCACUCGCGUCUCACGUACUUUUAGCACCGACAAACCUUUUAGCUUCAAAGACAAACUUCUUCAAGACACCGCGACUAAACGAAAGCGUCAAAGUCCUGACCAAUUGCCCCCUCCGAAGGAGCCUCGACUGGAGCUUUCAACAGAGCCAUCGACACCGCUUUCCCGCAAGAAGCAACACCUGCAGCCUAGUGAUGCGGAAAUGCAUGGCCGGCCUCUCUCUUCCAGCCCCUCUCAGCCUCGCGUGCGACGAUUGUCUUUCUCAAGCCCGCAAAGAGGUAACCUUUUCGCAGUGCGACCAGCAUAUGUACCCGAAGGCAGCCUAGGCUUUGGCAUAACUGAAAGUCCAAGGCGAAACCGAAAACUGCCGGUGGCUGGGGUCGCCUCGACAUCCACGGCCCCUAAAACACCCGUGCCUGCGGUAGAGAUAAAGCUAUCUUCAAGUCAAUUGAGCAGCAUGACGCCAUCUCGAUCAGAAAAGACUGAUUCGGGAUCCAAGCUUCGUUCUGCCUUGCGCAAGGAUGGCCUGAGUGACCGGAGCCGGGUCCGCCGCUCCAUUUCAUUUGUCGAUGACGAACCGAAUGGCAAUUUGCCAGCAAAGACAGCAGCACCAAAGGCGUCGUCCAAGCUUGCUCAGUCGCCAGAGAAUGGAGAUUCUUCUUCUGAAGAAAAGCUUCACUCAAUUUCUCCAGAACCCAGACCUGCUCAGUCACAUGGUAAAGGCACCCCCUUUUCUAUUGGUUCAGAGGGAAAGCGUCGCUCUGUUCCCCCAGAGCCCAAGCCUGUUCACCCACAAAGCAAAGGCACUCCCUCUUCGGUCAACUCGGAUGAAAAGCAUCGUUCGGCUUCUACAACACCUAAAAUAGUCUGGCCUUCUAACGUGUCACAAGAGACAAUUAACAAAUACAAAAAGGAAGCAGGGCAGAAGAUUAACAGCGAUAAAAAGAAAAAGAGAGCCACGGCAAAUACCCAACAUACAGAAAACAAUCAUGCUGGUGAGCUAGCUGAGAAACAAGCCACGCCUGGAAAACGAAGCAAUGCCUCACAGUCUUCUACCAAGUCAGCAACCCCAGAUGCAAAGAAUGACAGCGUCAAAAACCAUGCUGGUUCCGAGCAAUCCAGCGGCGAGAAGUCCAAAGAAUCAACCACGAAGAGAAAAUCACAUGUUCUGUCUGACUUUGAGCGGGUCGACGAAUUCAAUACCGGUUCUGAUGGUGAUCACGAACCUCAACUUUCGCCGUCAAAGAGUACUGGCGCGCAAUCACCUGUGGCCGAAGACAGCAGCUUGCCUCCAGCAGAGAAGAAAAUUCGGGAUGAAAUCAGCACUCUCCGCGUGGACAAAAUCAGAUCUACUCCAGACAAAGUCACUCCGAAUGACGUCUCACCAAAGAAGAAAGCAGCAACACGCACAAUUUCACAAAUGAACAUGGAGGAAAUCUCUGGAGAUGGCCAUCGUCAUGGAGGUUCUGUGCAGCGUGCUAGAACACCAGUGCAGCUUGCGGACUUUAGCUCCUCUCAAUCUUCCAUGGCCAUGAAGCAGUUGCAUUCGGAGUUGGAGUUGGCACACAAUGAGUCUCCCUCUAAACAUGGAUCCUCACCUGCUCCCCAAAUUCAACAAACUACAGAAAAAGCACCAGAGAGUUCCUCAGGAUUGUCUGAUUCCGAUUCCGAUUCCGAUUCCGUCUCCGACUCUUCUGACUCUUCUGACUCGGAUUCUGACUCUGAAUCAGGUUCGAAAUCGGAAUCCCUAAUCGAACCCAAAAAGGAACCAGAGGCUGAGGAGACCCAACCUGCUCCGGCCAAACUCAGUGCUGUCGUUAAGCCGGAGCCCAAUUCUGGUCCUGAUUCCGACUCUGACUCUGAUUCCGAUCUUUCACUCAACCUUGACUCGAGUUCGGAUUCUGAUAGCGAUGAUGACGACAGCGACGAUGACUUAUUUAAGCACAUCAGAACAGAGAAACAACCAAAGACACUGGGCAAACCACAGGACAACAUCUUGUCGCAGCACACCUUUGGCAGCAACAGCAGCUGGACUCCAGUCAACAUGAACAAGCGGCACACCUUUUCAUCGGUUCGAGCAGACAUGCGCAGAGAACAAGAAGCUAGUAAAGCAGCAGCAGCGGCGGCGGCAAUGGCUAAACCUGCGGCAAACGGCACUAGAAAGAUUCGCAAAGACAUGUUUGAAUUCCCGUCAAGCAGCGACUCCGACGACAUUGACGGCGAUGAUAGCGACAAUGAUGACCGCGGUGACAUUCUGCCGACGGGCAAGGAGAAAGUCAUGUCUAAAAGCAAGGUGAAGAUGCCGUUCAGUAACGGUUUUGGGUCUCACUGA